GGCUGCAUUCGUCUAAAUCACAGAUGGCGUCAACACUGGUCUCUAACAAAUACAAAGACUUGACCGAGGUUGCCGAGGAUUCUGAACAGAAGGAUACUACUGACAAAGAUGAUGCUCCUUCGUGCAGUUAUUUCUCCAUCAGCCCACCGUGUCUUCAACGCUUUGCCCGGCCAGGCAUCUUCGUAGUUGUUGCUAGUGUGUUCUUCUUUGCCGACAGUUUCACGGUCGGUGUGAUCCAGGGAACACUGACCUCCCUUGAACAUCGCUACCAGUUAACUCUUAGUCAGGCAGGCAUGCUUCUUGGAGCCUUCUGCGUAGGCGGCAUAAUCGGAAUUGGCUUGCUGAUCUUAUUCGCUAGCAGACCGGACACCAAUCGACCCCGUAUCCUUGGGAUCGGUGCGUUAAUGUGCAGCCUGGCAAUUUUCACCCAAACCAUCCCGCAGUUCAUUCAAGAUCCUUACAUUCCUGAAGGAUUUGAGUCUAGCAACGACACCACAAAUCAAUUCCGACAGUUACAGCUGGUGUGUUUGUCAGAAGCGUUAGAGGCAGAACCGUGCCUUAAUGAGAAAACCGUUGAGAGUUUGUCUCCGAAUCGGGUUGCUUACUUCAUACUCCUGUUUUCCGCGAUGUUUCAAGGCAUAUUCGUAAUGAUCGAGAUUCCUUUAGCCCAAACAUACAUCUCAGAUUGUGCAUCCCGAAGAGCCACCGCAUUUUACACAGGAAUAUUCGGUGCCAUGAGUGGUCUCUCACCCGUUGUGGGCAUCUUCGUGGCAGCAGCAUGCCUUGGUCUUUGGGUAGACUUCUACAGACUCCCCUCCGCCAUUGAUCUGGCACCAGGGGACCGGGCCUGGGUGGGGGCUUGGUGGCUGGGGUACAUCUUCUGUGCAGUCUUAUAUAGUCUACCCGCAGUGCCUUUUCUUGGAUUUCCGAAGGCACUGAGAAGGUCUCGUACAAACGCCGAAGGCGUAACACUUGUCAGUGGUAACAACAAUGACGACCAAGAAACUGAAAAAGUCACAAAGGGUCCGAUGACAGUGAAUGUCAGAGACAGUAUUAAGACGUUUUGGAAAGUUAUAAAAAACCGUGACUGCGUCCUUGCAUGUCUGUCCCAAGCAGGCGCGAUUCUAGUUAUCUAUGGCUAUGGUUUCUUCGUUCCAAAGUAUUUGGAGGUGCAGUUUCAGAUGGAAACCCAGCUUGCCGAUCUUCUGACAGGUUGUCUUCUGGCUCCUGCAUACGCAGUUGGCUACAUUCUGGCUGGAUCACUCGUCAAACGAUUCAACAUUCAGUACCGAGGUCUAGUUUCCCUCUCGUGCAUUGCACUCGCCAUUUGCAUCAUCGGCUUCAUCGCAAAUUUGUUCGUUGGAUGCCCGAAUCAUAGUGUUGCGGGCAUUUUCAAGCCAUACUUGGAACAAAGUCGUGCUGAUUUGGAAUCUCCCUGCAACGCAGACUGCGCAUGCUCAUUAUCUAUGUACGCGCCUGUAUGCGAUGGCAAUGGAACCACCUAUUUCUCAGCUUGCCAUGCUGGAUGCCGUCUCGUCACUGAUCGGGGCUAUGAAGACUGCUCCUGCUUAGCAACACAGACAGGUAACGUAACUGACGAAUUGAUCAGAAAUGGAACACUCCUGACCGUACAGGGCGCUUGUGAUACCCACUGCAUUUCCGGUGCACUGUACCUGGUGGUGUUGACCAUUGUGUUACUGCUUGCCCAGUUUGCUCAACUUCUCCGUCUGAAUGUCGUCAUUAGAUGCGUCACAUCAGAAGACAGGCCUGUAGCUUUAGGGAUUCUUCAUUUGACGGGCCUCAUUGUGACUCUCCCAGCUGGUUACCUGUUUGGCGCCAUCAUCGAUUCGGCCUGUUUGAUGUGGAAACAGACGUGUAAUGGCCCGGGAGCAUGCACUCUCUACGACAAUGUCUGGUAUCGCUACUCAUAUAACGGUGGCGCCCUGGGAAUUGGGUUCCUGUCUUUUGCCUGCAUGUUUCUUGCAUGGCUGUUUCCUUCUCACGUAGAGGAGGAGCCAGAGGGCGACAUACAGACGGAGGGGCAGGACAGAGUGGUGGAAGAGGGGUCGGUCCUAGAGGAAAUUUCCGUUUAGGAAGAAUAGCACAGGCAUCGUUGGACUUAUUUGUAUUUGCACGUCCCCAACACUCUAACGGCUGCUAGAAAUUGGCAAAUCCCUCUCGAAAAUUUUGUGAAAGCCUACAGGUCAAAAAAGCGCAAACACUGUGGUUACUUGCUCCUGAAAUCAAUGUGAAUAAUUCAUACUUAUAAACAUAAUGUGCAUAACAUUUGCUCAUGAAAGCGUAUUCUUCUAAUGAGUGCGAUGAAAUUAGGGCGCUCAAAAAAUCACAACAUGCGUCCUGAAAACAGAAGUCCAUUCAGAGGAAGAAAAGAACUGGACUGCCAAAAUGGCAGUCAUGCAAAUCUUGUUUUGUACUAUUCAAAUUAUUCAUGAUUAUCUUGGACACUUUAUAUUCAAAGGAUUCAAGAAGUAACACUUUGUAUGGGGAGGCAUUAACUUUGUUUUGGUAUUUCUUCUCGCCUCUUGAGGGCGCCAUUCACAGAGACCAGAAGACGAAGGAUAGUAGGAUCAUGCUCCCUCUAUUUUCGACACUUGCAGACCAUGUUUAGUUUUGGGCAGUUUUAAAGAUCACCAAUCCUUUGUUCUCAAAGCCCAUUGCUACACUCUUUGCUCCCUGUGUAAGCCAUCAUUACUCCCUCUGUUCGAGAUUUUCCAUUACCUGAACCACAGUCAAGUGAGUAAAUUUAAAGUAAUUUUCUGAUCAUUUGAACUUGCCUUUUGAUGUUAUUUUAAUACCCAGAUUUAGACUCUAUACACUUUUGUCCAUGUAGGACUUCUUCUGACUUGUGAUUUUAUGGUUUGCUUAUAUUUUUAUUAUCAUUUUUUCUUGCUCUUUCUGGUCACUUAUGUGAGAAAAAUUCUGAUUAGAAACCUGUUAUUCAUAUUUAGCUUUUGAUGCAAGUUAGAUUUUCUCCAUGUAGCCUACAUGUAUUUUCUCAUGUAUUUUAUAAUCUUACUCCACAUGUUUACCCUUGGUCGUUGUUCGUAUUUUUGAAGUAUUUUAAAGUUUGUUCCCUGCGCUUCUUGUGGUUUGAGGGUAACAACCCGGAGAAGCCAAUCACCGGGUACCGAAUGAACGUACACCUUUUGGGUAAAGUGUCAUUCCCGGCAGUAGCCACCUUCGGCCUUCGGAUGAUCGCUGAUGAGUCUGCCCCGAGCCAGGGUGAAGACGUCAGAGAGUUAAUCCACCACGAUUUCUAUUUUGACGACGGCCUGACUUCUGUACCAGAGAGCAGUACAGCGCUGAGCCUCAUUUGAUGCACCAGACAGGCUCUAUCCACAAAGAACCUCCGUUUCCACAAGAUAGCCUCCAAUGACAGAGGAAUGAUGAACACCCUGCCAGAAGAAGCCACGGCCAAGGAUCUCCAAAACUUUGACCUUAGCAACGAGGAAUUGCCUACCCAGAGAUCCCUCAGAGUGUCCUGGUCCCUAGAAGCAGACCAUUUCACUGUCAAAGUUAACCUACACGAGAGGCCAUUGUUACGGCGGGGAGUCUUGUCCAUAGCCAGCUCUAUUGUUGAUCCCCUGGGCUUCAUAGCUCCCGUCACCAUCAAGGGCAAGAUCAUACUCUGCGAGAUCAACGCAGCAAUCAAAGGAGAAAACAACACCUCACGGGACACAUGGGACAAGCCCCUUCCUGAAGAGUACCUACCUAUGUGGCUAAGCUGGCGAAACUCUCUUCAUCUCUUGGACAGCAUCCAGAUACCACGGUGCUACCAAUCACCAGACUUUGGGCAAGUCAAGAUGAGGGAGCUCCAUGUCUUUUCCGAUGCCAGCCAACGUGCUAUCGGCGCCGUCGCCUACUAACGCCUUGUCAACGAAGACGGCAAGCCCCAUGUCUCCUUCCUGAUGGCCAAGACAAAGGUCACCCCUCCCACGCCGUGUUUGUGCCACGACUGGAACUCUGUGCAUCAGUACUUGGGACUGUGCAGACGGUGACCACUGAACUGAACAAGAGAGUAGCCUUUGACGACACAAAGUACUACACAGACAGCAAGGUCGUACUUGGGUACAUUGGAAACGAGUCCACAAACGCUUUCAUGUGUACGUCGCUAACAGGGUCCAGAGCAUACACAAGGUUUCCCAACCCAGCCAGUGGCGCCACAUUGGGGCAGACGAAAAUCCUGCUGAUAUCGCGUCAAGAUCUGUCCCUGCCAACUGCCUAAGCAGCACUCGUUGGUUUCAAGGACCUGAGUUUCUCUGGCGAAUGGACCCGACCCCGAAAGAAGUGAUUGAAAUCUUUCCCAAGGAAAGGUCCCAGCUCAGCGAAGACGACCCUGAAAUCAAGAAGCAAGCCAGUGUCUUUGCCACAAGUAUCCCUGACGACCGACUGCAUAAAUCCAUCACUGCCAAUCCACAAAGCCUGACAUGUGAGAGGUUUCACGCUUUUCGACUUGGUUUUCCCUCAAAAGGGCCAUGGCGACUCUGGUGGCAAGGGCAGGGACCUACAAAGGCCAGCAUGGUAAAGACGAUCUCUCCAACCAACCUCGAAGUCAGAGCUUGCAACUGCACACCAAGGCCACCCUAGACGACCUACAGCAGGCCGAAAGAGUCAUCUUCCGCGCUGUUCAAGUGUCCCAUUUCAUCGAAGAGAAUGCAUGUCUAAAGUCUGCAUCCACUUCCAAACGUCAGAUCCACAUAAAGAAAACAAGCCCCAUGCACCAGCUUAACCAUUUCUUGGAUCAAGAUGGACUCAUCCGAGUUGCCGGCAGGCUCAGGCGAGCAGACUUAGACCUCGGAGGACGUCACCCUCUCCUCCUCCCUAAAAAUAGUUAUGUGUUCAGGCUCAUCAUUGAGCACAUCCACCGUGAGACCAAACACUUCGGACGUCAUAUGACUCUCGCAGCAGUCCGAAACGGAGGCCAAUGAGUCAUCGGAGCUCACGGCAGCGUCCGAAGCAUCAUAAACCAAGGCAUCACCUGCCGCAGGCUUCGAGGCAAACAACUCUCACAGAUAAUGGCUGACCUACCUGUUGACAGGCUCCAAACAACACCGCCGUUUACGGACGUUGGGAUGGAUGUUUUCGGCCCAUGGACGGUCACAGCAAGGAAAACACAAGGUGGCCUAGCCGAGGCCAAGAGAUGGGACGUCCUCUUUACCUGCCUAUGCACUAGAGCAGUAAACAUCGAGGUCAUUGAAGCUGUGUAUACCUCCGCCUUCAUCUCGUCACUGAGAAGAUUCGUAGGAAACCGAGGUCCAGUUGCCCGCCUUAGAUGCGACCGAGGAACAAACUUCAUUGGCGCUGAGGGCAAGCUGAACCAUGAAGAGAUAACGCAGUACUUGACUACGAAGAACUGUUAGUGGAUUUUCAAUCUACCCAAGGCUUCCCACUUUGGAGGAAUCUGGGAACGGCAGAUCCGGACAAUUCGAUGCAUCCUGGACUCUUUGUUCUUUCAACUAGGAAAACACCAACUCAUGAAGUUUUUACCACCUUCCUGGCAGAAGCUGCGGUUAUAGUCAAUUCCAGACCCAUCACGACCCUUUCAUAAGACCCAAACGACGCCCGGGCACUUAUGCCAGCAAUGCUUCUGACUCUGAAGACGCAACCCUUGGAAGCGCCCCCAGACCAGUUCUUCAAACAAGAUCUUUAUGGCAGACAACGCUGGAGACGUGCCCAGUAUCUCGCCGACCAGUUCUAGUCAAGGUGGCGUAGCGAGUAUCUACAAAGCCUCCAACCUCGUCAGAAGUGGACCCAGAGCACGCCCAUUAUCUGCGCAGGAGAUGUCGUGCUGCUCAGACAGAAAGAAGCUCCCAGGAACCAGUGGCCUCUUGCACGAGUGAUCAAGACUCACCCCAGCGACGAUGGCAAAGUCUGCAAGGCGGACAUCUUAGUCUGUUCCGGUGGCUCGCGGCGAACCUAUUAGACCCACGUCUGAGCUCAUCAUCUUGGAGAAGGCGACUCAGUGACUUGACUAGCAACUCACUGAACUCUUCGGUUAAAGCUUAAAAAUUUCCUUGGCAAUUUUUAGGCGGGGAGUGUUUUGGUAUUUCUUCUCACCUCUUGAGGGUGCCAUUCAUAGAUACCAUUUAUUAUCAUUUUUCUUGCUCUUUCUGGUCACUUGUGUGAGUAGAAACCUGUUAUUCAUAUUUAGCUUUUGAUGCAAGUUCGAUUUUCUCCAUGUAGCCCACAUGUAUUUUCUCAUGUGUUUUAUUAUCUUACUCCACAUGUAUACCCUUGUUCGUUGUUCGUAUUUUAAAAGUGGUUUGUUCCCUGCAUUUUUCCUUGCAGUUUACCGCCGUGUAUUAAAGGAGUGCGGAAUCUAAAGCCCUGAUCUUUGGCCGUUUUUCUUUAUUAUUCGUGGUUGACUCCGCUAGGGAAACAUUGGCUAACGUCUCCUACGACUACGGUUACAGCAGAAACCAGAACAAACUUAUUUGAGACCUUUUAAUGUUCAGUUAGAGGGCUAUGAACUGUAAAUAACUCCUUGGUAAAUUGGCUGAGAGCUCCGAAAUUUAAGGCUAAAAGAGCAUAUAUUACGCAUUGAAAAAUAAGAAUUCCUAUAUCUGUUGUCUACAAGAUGAUGGAGGCCCGUGUCAGAAGUGAAUGUGGUCUCAACUGGUUUUUUUUUUCAGUUCGUAAGCAAGUAACUCCAGAGGAGUGGCAAUUUUGUUUAACAAUAACUUUGAGUAUAAAGUUCAUAAAUCGAAGACAGAUGACAACGGUAAUUUAUUGGCCCUUGAUAUUGAGAUUACUGAUUCUUGUAUAACACUCAUUAAUUUGUAUGGGCCUAACAAUGAUGAGCCUGCUUUUUAUGAUCAUGUUUCAGAUUUUAAAAGUGAUUUGGAUAACACGCAUAUGAUUUUAUGUGGGGACUGGAAUUUGAUUUUAGAUGUAAAUUUAGACUGUUUGAACUAUCUGCACAUUAACAACCUCGUGUCUAGAAACAGAGUGAAUUUUGUCAUGGUUUGGAUUUGGUUGAUGUGUGGAGAAUUCAUAAUCCGGACCUCCGUAGAUAUAACAUGGAAACAGCAUGACUCUCUUAAGCACUCUAGAUUAGACUUCUUUUAAUUUCAGCAGAAUAUAAUUCCAAGUUGAUUAGCUGCGAUAUUAAGCCUGGUUAUAGGUCAGAUCAUUCCUUAAUUGAUGUCCAUCUCGAUUUUAAAUAUGGAACGAGGUAAUGGUUAUUGGAAAUCCAACAAUUCUUUGCUUUCUGACCCCGCUUAUGCGGGACUAGUUAAAAGUACUAUACGGGAAGUGGUGAAGAUUAUGCAGCUUUUCCUUACCAACCUGAUGACCUUAAAAAUGUUCACCCAGAAAUAUUCAGUUCAUAAUUAAUGAUCAGCUUUUCUUUUGAAAUGCUUCUUUUACAAAUUCGUUCUAAGACUAUUUCUUUUCCUGCUUGGAAAACAAAAGAAACUUGUAAAGCGUAGCGUAAACCCGAGCGCGAAAUUUGAUUUGCAUAAUACAGUGUGUGAAGGAAAGCUUGAGGCAGUGGAAGCUCUCAAUAGUAAACAGGCAGUGCUUCUCAGUUUGCGUCAGGUUAAAAUGGAGGGUGUUUUA